AUGCGUGGCUUACUCUUCUCGGUACUCCUCAACACGCUGGUGUCGGCGUUGCCACAAGUCGCAUUUCCAUUCAACUCUCAGGUACCGGCCCUCGCACGAGCAAACGAAGCCUACGCAUUUCAACUGGCCUCUACGACUUUUGUCUCCAGCGAUGGCAGUACACUAGUCUACACCUUGUCGGGUGCGCCUGCUUGGUUGAAUCUGGAGGACACUACACGGACAUUAUAUGGCACUCCUGGUCAAGGGAACACCGGUCCGAACGUCUUCAAGAUUGUGGCAACAGGCAACGAUGGCUCGGUCGACAUGGAUUGUACUCUAGUGGUGGCAAGCAACAGUGCGCCAGCUCUGAUGGGCAACAUCUCAGCAGACCUUGCGAGAUCAGGGCCUUUGUCAGGACUGACAACCUUGAUACUGCAACCAUCCACCGCGUUCGCGAUCACGUUCUCAAACAACCUGUUUGGCGACCCGGGCACCAUCAAGUCAUAUUACGCGACAAUGGCUGACCGAAUACCACUCCCAUCCUGGCUCAAGUUCGACAGCAGCUCUCUGACAUUCUGGGGUAUGGCACCCGUGUUGGUGACGGGCUCGCAGACUUAUGGUGUUGAUUUUAUUGCAUCGGAUGUGGCCGGUUUUGCAGGAGCGACAACAACCUUCAGCUUGCUCAUCAGCAGUUAUCAGCUGGCCUUCAACCCUCAGGCAGAGAACAUCACAGUCACACCAGGAACAACAAUCACUGUGGGACCUUUUGCAGACCAGCUACGUAUCAAUGGCGCACAUGCUACAAGCAGUCAACUGCAGAAAGUUGUUGCAAAGGCGCCAGAGUGGUUGAUUUUUCAAAACAGCUCCAUGGAGUGGACAGGAAUACCUCCGCAAGAUUUCGAGUCGCAAAGCCUAUCAAUAACAGUGACAGACACAUACGGGGAUACAGCAGUCAAGAACGUUUUCCUCCAUACAGCGAACGCAUCACUGUUCAGCGGCGAGAUUGGAAACAUGACUGCAACAGCUGGGGAACAAUUUAGCUACACGUUCAGUCCGUCUUUGUUGAGCCAGAACGACAUGAAUCUUGGCGUAGAUGUCGGUUCCGCUUCAUGGUUGCAAUACGAUGCAAGCAAACGCCAGCUUCGUGGCACUGCACCCACCACAGCCAAGGCUUCAGCAAACGUAAUCACAGUGACUGCUUCUUCAGCUUCGGAUUCAGAUACUCAGACCUUCUACAUCAACUUGAAGGCAGCGGCAGGAGUAGCAACCUCUCAUACGACUUCGAGCACUACAGCAAGUCCGACUUCGACUUCUUCUGCCUCUGCCACGACGUCCCCUGCGAAAUCAAAGGACAAGAACAUGACAGCAGGCAUCAUAGUAGGAAUUGUGAUUGGCUGUUUAGCAAUUCUAGCCCUAUUCUUCGCCAUCGCAAUGUUAUGUUGCCGCCACAGGAGGAAACAGCCUCGCAAGAAGAUAGAAAAGAGUGACAUCAGGCCGGUGUUACCAUUUGGCGACCAAGAGCCUAUGGUGGUAGAAGGCGAUCAGGACGAAGAAAAGCAUAUUGGAUCGCCUGUCAAGCAUUCACCUGAUGAACCUCCUCAAUUGGAUAUCGAUCUAUCAACGGCAAUGCAACCGCCUAUGAAGCCACGGUAUUUCUUAGGAGGAAGAGAUGCUCGUCAAAGCAAGUUGUCUGUAGUCAGCUCGCUUGGAGACGGCGAAGCAGCGAUACAAGCAGAUUCGAACAUCCCAGUAUGGGGUCGAGAAUCAGGUGCAACACAUACACCACACCAUAGCUAUUCUGCAGCCACAGAAUUGGCUAGGCAAAACAGUCGAGACUCUCGUCAAAGGUUGUCAGAGUUUGCAAGAUUGUCUCCUAGCAAACGUGCUUCGAGAUUGAUCAAAAGCUGGCACCCGGGUCUGGGCAUCACUACAAGGGGCACAGUAAUACACAGACCAAACAGAAAGAGCCGGCUCAGUAGCACCUUCUCUAUCACAAAAGACCGAAGCAGCCGAGGUUCCUUCAACACACACGGCACCAGCAUACUCUCAACCAAGCCAUCAGACUAUCCUGAAUCUACCUCAAACGGAAACUCGACGUUGAUGACUUCAGUACCAUACACAGACACAGACAAGCGACGUUCUCUGACAGAAGCAGAGAAGCGUCGUAGUAUACGCAUAGUCAGCCAGACUGAAAGCGUCAUAGACCGCAGACCUCUUGCUGAGAAACGUCAAUCUUUCAUCCGCAAUCGAGCGAGUAGCGGCGUUAUAAGUCCAGUGCUGUUCGCAUCUUCACGGCGCUCCUCGAACAUGGGACUCUACAGCAAUCUCGGUUCCAUCAAAGGCAGCCCCAGCGUACGCCGACAAACCACUUCCUCAUCUCUCCUCGAACCACCAGCCCGCAACCCUCGCCGCUUAGUCUCAGGCCCACACGUUUUCCCACCCGGUCUUCCACGAGCCAUCACACCAUCACCAGUCCGCGGCACCAACAACAACAGUCCAACCCUACCUCCCGCAAACACAGCAGACAAUUGGACAACCACAGACACCAGCAGCUCACUCUCCCGCGACAACUCGGACGCAAGAGCAGCAGCCCAAUACGCCGAAUACGCCAUCGAAAUGGAACUACCACGACACCAACGCACUUGGGUACGCCCAGGAGAAGCGUCUCCCACACCUCCACCCACCAGUAUUCUUCGCAUUCCCAGCAACAGCCGUGAAGCCGCACGCCGCAAAUGGGCAGAAAGACUCAAUCGCAAUAGUUCAGGCAACUUGACUUCGCGAUCUUCGUCACCGCUGAGAGUUACACUCACAGGUGUCAGCGCAUCAGGCAUCAGAGGCCGCAAACAGAGACUAAAAACCUCUGCCUCCUCUUCCGACGACGACAAAGAAAACAAGACCGAAGACCGCUUGAGCAAACUCGUCAGUAAUGACAGUUUCAGCGGUGCCACCAGACACAUGCGUGGAAGAAAGAGUUUGGUGCAAGUAGAAACAGGGAAUAGAAUCAGCAGUUUUAUGGCAAAGGUUGAAGAACCUGAUGCUGUGGCUAGGGAUAAAGUGACAGAGAACGACGAUUGGGAAGAUGUGGUUAUGGAGGAUGCCACGCCGGCGCGUAGUGCUCGUAAAGGUGUGUUGGCGGCUUCGACGUCUAAUGCUAGUAGCGUGAGGUUUAUCUGA